AUGGAAACGGACUUUAAUAAUGGAUUCGACCCGGCGGCGGCGAAGGUUGCAACUGGCGAACACCAUAACAAAGGAGAUGAAUGUGACGACAAACGAUCGCUCAAUCAGAACACGGUGCUACAAGACAGAAGUGACAAAUUGCAGAAUGGAGAAACCGAAAAAGUGGAUAGGGGCGACGAAGGGUAUGACGACUAUCUUGCCGAACUUUUGGACAACAUGGAUAAAGAACGAUCUAACGGUGGCAAAGACAUUGCCGGUGAACAACUGUUAUUGCCGUGUUCGGCGAAACGGGUUUCGAUCCAAGUGGAGACGUUGCCCUACAGCAGCAUCCGGUAUGAAGAAGUAGAAGAGGAUGGCGUGUCCACGACGACAAUCACACGGAAGCCCAAAAUCCCAGACGGCGGAUGGGGCUGGAUGGUGGUGUUUGCCUCAUUGAUGAUUUGCUUGAUCUCGGACGGCAUCAGUUUCUCGUUCGGUCUGCUGUACAUCGAAUUCCUUAAGGAGUUCAAGGAGAGCAAAUCCAAGACCGCGUGGAUUGGCUCUUUAUUCAUGGCCGUGCCACUGAUCCUGGGCCCGGUGGGCAGUGCCUUGGUCGACAAAUAUGGUUGCCGAAGAAUGACUAUUGUGGGUGGACUCAUUUCCGGCGUGGGAUUCAUCAUCUCAUCAUUCGCCAAGUCAAUCGAAAUGGUGUUCUUCACGUUCGGAUUCAUAUCUGGGCUAGGUCUAUGCUUGUGCUACGUGACGGCCGUCGUCAGUAUAGCUUAUUGGUUUGAUAAAAAACGGACACUGGCCACGGGGCUGGGCGCUUGCGGCACUGGUAUCGGUACGCUCCUGUACGCGCCCCUAACACAAUACUCGAUCACAGAAUACGGCUGGCGGGGCACCGUGCUGUUGUUGGCUGGCACGUUUUUCAACUUUUGCGUAUGCGGUGCCCUGAUGCGCGACCCCGACUGGCUGAUCGCUGAACAGAAGAAACCUCCAGCCACCGUAGCCGUGGCCUCGGUGGCUUCUAAGCCUUGGACCGACACCGAAGAAUCAAUCGUAGACCACUGUUCGGUGAUGUGCGUCUUAAACGAGAAGAACCCCGCCGCUGGCCCUGUCAAAGGAAGAUUGAAUUCCGAGAUGUUGGACAUACCGGAUAAUGAAAACUCGGAUAUCGCAUUAAUAAGGCGUUUGAUGACAUUAAAGCAGGCAUCCGAAAACCGUCAGACCGGAUUAAACAUCACGUUCCGCCGUCCAUCCGAAGUGUGCCACGAACAGGCCAACAGCAAUAACGGUUUCCGAUCGGUCAUUAAUUUGCCGACAUACGUCAAGCAAAAUGAAAAAGUACGUAUUUGUAGUACGUUACUAAUACCUUAGUAUCUAAGAGCAGUAGUAUAGGUAAUACUGUCGUAUAUGAUAAAAAUGCAAUUAAAAAGUUAAAAAAAAUAAAUAAAAAUGUUUUUUGAAAACUAUAAAUAUAAUUUAAGAUGAACCUCGUGAAAAAUUGUCAAGCAUUCUUGCUCGGUUAAAACAAUUUUAUCCACACAAAAUCAAAUAAAAACUAAAAUAACUAGAAAUGAUCAAAUACCUAUAAAAAGUUGAAAAGUCAUCAGAAUGUUUGCUUAAUUUUACCACGUCUAGAAAAAGCUAACAUAAGUAUUCUCUAAAAACGCCAUGCUUCUACGGAAUUUUAAUAAAAAAACGAAAUUAGAAACAAUGAAACCGUUAGUUCAGUAAAUUUUACCGUUUUUUCUUAAACUUUUUCUCAAUUAUUCAGAAAACUACAAGAAGAAUCAAAAAAUAACUUCCUUGAUAAACCAACUAGGCAAAAUUUUCUUUUAGAAGAGUUUUUUCACUUAAAAAUCGGAACAAAUUUCUUGGCAGAAAAGUUGUUAAUAGGAAGAAAAAAUUUCACAUCAUAGUAAAACGAAUACAUUCUGCCUAUAAUUUUCCUCCAAACGUUACAUAAUUAUUUUGGGUCAAGUCAAUUGUUUGAUAGAUUUGAGAAAUAGUUUUUACGAAUAACACACACGUCAUGGAAAUAUUUUACGAAAAAUCCGUAAUCCCAUUACUGGAAGAAUGUCUCCUCGUAAUGCGAUAGCAUUUAAGAUCGCAUUAUUUAUUUGACAGUAAGCUCCUAUUAUAUCGAUAGGAAUUUAAGAGUUUUAAUAAGUGCGUGUAUACUUUAUGGGAUAAAUCAUUCGCAUUUCAAGUGAAAACAACAUAAUAGUAUUAUCUAAUUUUAGAUGGAUAAAUAUAAUACACGUAGUACGCACAUAAUAGUAACUAAAUAAUUUUAAUUAUUAUGUCAGUCUGUAUUAUAUUUCAGAGUUAGUAUCGAUAUAAUCCGACAAGGAACGUAUUUCGUUUGAUUAUUUUGGAAAUUAACGAAAGCGUAUUUUAUUUUAUUUUAUUCAUACGGAAUAAAUUCCAGUUUACAGAUAUGAAUUUAAUAAUCAGCAAUUGAAUAAAUUGUUAAAAUGAUUACUUAUCCUAAAACUCAAUUAAUGACUUAUAAACUCGCUAUUAUUGUAUCGACAAUAUUAUUAUAAUAAUCAUAUUAGUUUACUAAAUUAAUAAUAUAAUAACACAAACAGUUUAAAAUUAUUGUUAAACGAAAAGGUGGCUAGCAUUGAAAAAUUACGAAUACGAACAUAAAAUAAAAUAAUAUUAUCAGCUCUUGAAUUCUUCAAGGGGUAAUUUCGAUUAUUAAAAUUGAAAUUCGGCUUUUCACAUACAUUCCGCAGUUAUAGUAUAAUAAUUAAUAACUUAUAAUUAUUUUAAAAGACCAAUAAAACAAUCAGAACGGCAUAAGCUUCGCCUUGGCAAGACUGAGUCGAGCCGAAAUCGAGAAUUUGUACAUGAUACCCAAAUAAAAACAUUUUAAUUGAAACGAAUAGAUGGUAUAGAUAGGUUACAAGAACAGGAAUUCUCGCGCGACCAGACUGCCAGAGGCGCUAAAAAGCAUUGCGUCGCGGCUCUGACGACAAUAACGUUUUAUACUUGUAGAAGUAUUUUUUUUUUUUUUUGACGAAUCAAAGCUAUAUAUAUUAAUAACCGGAAGCAACGAGUUAGGAUGGUUUGUAUAUAUACUCUUAGCAGUUAUCGCAUUACUACACCGGGCUAGAGGUCCUCCAAAAGGAUAAUCCUUUUGUCAAUUUUGUUUUUUUUAUAUAUAUGUACAUAAAUGACCCAAUAGGUCGUAAAAAAAAUCCAUUACAUUGAAAUCGUUACUCAAGUAAUACUAUAAGAUAGGUAAAUGCUAUACAGUGAUUUGUAUAAUAGUAAGUAUGACGGAAUUACGUUUAACGACGGUAACUAAUGGAUUUAUUUUUUUUUUUUUUUUUUUUUUAAUGGAAAAUACGUAACAUAAUCGAACCGUGUUUCGACGAAAAUGUCACAACUGAAAGGUAUGAAAAAAAUAUAGACGGAAGUAAAAGUAUUAUUUUUUGUAAACGAGUGAACCGAGAAACGGAUAGACUUUUAACUUUCGUGAUCGCGUCUCAUUGCCUAUUAUACACCUUUUAAACGACUAGUUGUCAGAUCCGAACGUCAAAUUAUUGGGUGAAGAGGGGAUUGCGUAGAGAAGUAUCCGACGAUCGGCAUUAUAAUAUCAAUCUUAUAAGAAUCGAUUAGGUUUUUAUGUUUAUCGAGUAAAUUACAUUUAUGGACCACCGCCGCCGCCGCUUAUUGAAAAAAUAUCGUUUAAACUCGAAUAACAAAACAAAAAUAUAAAUAAAAUAAGCAAAUAUUGAUAAACUAUUGAGUACAAGCCCCAUGUAAGGGUAAAAGAUACGUGAGGUGCUUUACCUCCCACACCUCACAUAAAAAAAUAUCCUAUGGGUCAAACAAUUUAUCAUUAUUCUUAUUAUUACUGAAUUAUUGCUUAGUUUGAAUCAUUCAACACAAUAUCAAAUAAUAAAUUACAAAUAUUUAUGUAACUUAAUAAUUUAUUUCAAUUAAGUUAAAGAAUACUCCGUAUAUUUCUCUUUAGAGAAUUAGAAAUGGUGGUGGCGUUAACCUUGCUAAAUCUUUUGUCAUUUACAGUUCUGUAAUUGGCUGUCUAAAUCUUUACAUAUUGUUCAGGAUUUCAUUCCCUAAAGGGCGGACUAUUCAAUUUAUAAACAUUAGGUUAAAGUGAAAUAUAAUGUAUUCGACCGGGUAAUCAUAACAAAAGAAUUGCCAUGCGGAUUUUGUUUUUUUAUGAAUAUGUAUACGCGUGUUUUGAAAAAUUAUAAAAGGGAUCACGGUGUGUACUCGCGUGUGCUGUUCACUCCACCACUGGUUGUAUACCGAUAAUGGCGUUAUUAUCAAAGAUCUAUUCAAUGAGGGUUUGAUUCUGGGAGUGGGAAACAGGGGUUUAAAACUGAAAAUUUGUGGUGUUCUAAUUUUAUCAUAAUAUAUUGUGUAUGUAAUUUGAUAUAACAUUAUAUAACAUAAAACAAUUUCUAAUUGGUUUGAAUACACAAAAUCUGCACUCAGGUACGGACUUGUACUCAUCAUUACCAUUUAUAUGCUUAAAUUCAGCAUUUUUCGGGAAAGUAGUUGGUAUAGAAUAUAAUUUAGUAUUUCAUUAUUAUUAUAGUAUUCGUAGUGUGUGAAAAUUGCUUUUAAAAUUAAUAAUAGUUUAAUCAAACAUAUAAACAAUAGAACUAAAAACUCAUAGAACAUCUAUCUUCUUUUAGACAUUCUGGUAUACAUAAACUUAAAUGUAACCGUAAUACAUUUUAUAUAAACAAAUAGAAAUUUUAAAAUAAGAUAUAAAGAAUACAUUUCUGAAAUAAAAUUAAAAAAGACUGUCUCUUAUUCAAAUUUCGCUAAACAUGUUUUAGAAAAUAACUGUCGUAUAAGUUUUGAUAUUAAUACAGACUUAGAGAAAUUAAAUACUCAAGAUGACAUUUACAUUAAUUCAUUUUUAGAAGAAUUACACGCGUACAAUGAAAUAAAAAAAAAUAAUUUUAAUAAUAUUUUAGAUGUACAAACCUAUUUUAAAAAUAAUGUCGUAUAUACAUAUCAAUACAUUUUAGAUAAUAAAUAAUAACCAAAUAAUUUAUAUUUCUUAACAUAUCUAUUUCUAAUAAUAACUUAUUUUAAAUAAUUUCUCCUAUUAUAAUAAAUUAUUUCUAUAUUCUAUGUAAAACGGCCAAUUUGUAUAAUUUUUUUUUCUAUGUAUUCCUUCAUUUAAUUUUUAUAUUUAAUCGCGUUUUACAUUUUGACUGUGAUAUUCCUGAUGAUAAAUUUUUAAUUCGAAACCAGUCGUAUAAUAACAGUUAUUAUAAUACUCCAGGUGACGCAUUCAUUGUAUUAUUUAUUAUUUUGUAUUAGUAUUUACUAUAUUUAUUAUUAUUAUUAUUUUUUUUUUUUUUGACACGGUGUAAAUUUGUCGAUAUCCAAUUUUCGGCCAAUUUAUUUAGGAUCGGACGCCAAUAUUUUCAUUCUAUAUUUCCUCCUUACGUUUAAUUUGAAUCAUAUUUCAAAAUAAAUAUACUAUUAGAUAUUGGCCAUAACAUGUAUAAAUUAUAUUACCUCGUCGUUAUUCGAUAAACGUGUUUUGUCGAGAAUUUUAAAAUACAUAAUCAACAAAAAUACAACAAAAUGUGAAAUUGUAAAAAAAAAAAGUAAUCCGAAUUGGCAGUAUGGUAUCUCGCCUUAGUAGAAUAUAACGUGCGUAAAUAACUCAUGCCCUGAACAAUAGUCGAUGUGUUUUAUACAAAAAAAUAAAAUAAUCGAGGUGUUUACGAAACGAAAAUAUUUCCAAACACGACCGUAUUUUUAGACAAACCUUUAUAAUCUUUUUCAUUGAAAAAUGUGUAGUAUUUUGCAGUUUAUUUAUUCUGAGCUUUUUAUACGGGACUAUAAAUACUAUAUUAUAAUUUACUUGACGUUUUUCAUCUACAGUUUUCGAUCCAAGUUUAUAAGUCGCUGGCCUCAAACCCGCCGCUGUUCAAAUUUUUCCAAGAGAAACAUCCGCACCUAUUCACGAACCGCAGCAACAGCGCAAAUCAGAUGAACAACGUGGAAAAGGAGCUAGUGGAAGGCCGAUCGACUUGCAAUAACACGGACCUCGUAGUCGCUGGUCGCGGACCCGACACUUCGCCAAUAUUCACGAAAAUGCAACGUAUUAUGCCCAUCGAUUGUAACUCGAUGGGUUCGGGCGUGCUGUCGCCACUGGAAUCACUGGCCACAUCACCGCCACAUAACUGCACCACGGACAACAGUCCCGAACGGCAUCCGACGAAACCCCAUAAUUCCAUGUUGAAGAGGCAGUUCAGCACCCAGAGUAGUUACCUGAAAAGCUUACCGUAUCACAGGUAAGUCGCACGCUCCCCCCCUCCGUCACCGCUAUUACAUAAUAUUGAAUUAACCUCAUUUUAUUAUUACCAACAUUGUAAUUUAUACCUAUUAUUAUAUAGUUUAGAUAGUAAUAUAAUCUUAAUCGGUGGCGUCGAGUUAAAUUUGAACCGGUGUAGUACGAAAUAGGAUAUCAAUAUAAUUAGUUAUUUUAAAAAUCGAUAAUUUUGGGGUACGUGGUCAACUCUCAUCACAUACGCCUGAUAAAGCGAAAAAAAUCACAGAUUAUAACUUCGAAUAUUCCAAAUUCCAUUAUCGCUUCGUCUGUAAAGACCUUUGCAAGGUCUUGCGAUAGCUUCGCCAAAACCACGUCGAGGGUAAGUCAGGGAAAAGUGCAGUUUUCAUUUCUUCCGUGACAUUUUGCUUUUCUAUCAUCAUGGGAUGGGGGAGAACUGCCAGAAGACCAAACUUUGACACCACGACUAAAUAUUUAUAGUCACACUCUAUUUUGUUUUCUUUUUAAUUAAUCCUUAGAUUAACUUGUUGCAGUUUUCCAUGUCUUUCUAUUGUAGCUUAAUUAUUUUAGGUCCUUGUAUUUCUAUUGCCUUAAACACUUUGUAUAAUACUUCUCUUAACGUAUCUAAUAACAAUAAUUAUUGGCUUUAGUACUCUUUUGUGUUUUGAUUUUUGCCAUUAAUCUUAUCUCUUAUGCAUUUAAUACAUCUUAGUUACUUUUAUCCUAACUAUAUAAUACUUCUUCGUUUAAAAUCCUUCCUUUCUAGAAGCAUUUUCCUGAUGCACUACAUCUCAGACAUUCAGGAAUUCAGCCUAAUUAUUGUCUAUUAAGUUACUCAAACUAUAUUACAUGUGUGAAAAAACAUCCAAUUUAAAAUCGAAACCCGGCGAUCAGGUAUUAACUUUACGCCGCUCUUUAUCCAAUGGACGUUGUCACUGAAUUUUAAAACAUAUUCAAUACAAAUACCAGCGACUGCAGACUUGUAUAUUUCCACCUAAAACCAGCGCCAAUAUAUUAUAUUAAAAAAAAAAAAAAACUUAAUCAUAUAAUAUUGAAACUCCACUGUGCGUUUGAAAUAUUGUUUCAUCCUAGGCACCUAUUUCUUUUUUCGUUAUUGUACACCCGGCCCGCCUUAGUAUAAUAUACAUCGCUUUGAACUGCGAGUGAUGCGUACAAUCCACUAUCUACUGCACUCCACUAAAAAACUACUUUGAAAAAUUAUUCCAAAGUACUAUAAUAUUGAUUUGGUUUUUUUUUUUUUGUUACAGCAUCGAAUAUUUUUUUCUCGUUUUUCUAGUAGAUUGUCGAGUAUCGUAUCUCGGAAUCAAAAGAAUAAACUAUCUACAACGAAAUCGGUUUUUUAAAGGAAAAAACAAUUCAAAAAAUUCGACCAAACAAAUUCAAAAAAUUACAUCACCUAAAAUUUCCAAUCGAACAAAUGAUAUUCGUUUGUCAUCAUAUCGUUUAUUUCAUAUUGUGUUUUCCCGAAAAUCGAAAUAAUCUAUAUUUUCAGAGAAAAUUCGACAAAAAACGCAUGGAAAAAUAUAAAAGUUUGAGAAUUAUAAGAUCGUUUUUCCUUCAAAGCAUGUUUAUAUAAGUACGAAAUGGUUUUUAUAUAAUACAUACCUAUAGAAUAUUUUAUAGUUUUUGAUUGUUGAACCGUCUUGGUAGUUAUAGAAUAUAAUAUUAUCAAUUGUACAAUGUAACAUUUAGAAUUUAGAUAAUAUUUAACAUCAUAAUAAUUAUCAUUCAUAAAUUAUGUACCGUAUAUUUUGGCAAAAUCCCAUGCACGUUAUGUAAUUUAUGAAUGCUCGUAAAAUUAGUAAAUCUAGAAAGGGCUGUGUAUACGACGAGGAUAACAAAUCGAGUGUGUAUAAAAUAUUAUCAUAUAUUGUGUCCGAUUUGAUGGGGGGGAGGGGGAGGGGUAUAGCGAAAAAAUAUUUAUAAUUUGUACUGAAUAUGAUAAACACAAUAUUAACAUAAAAAUUAUUCACGAAAAUACGAUAUAGUAUUGAAUUGAAAGUGAAAAAAUCACGUGUUUCAGGAGUUCCGUGAUGUACAAAGGACCCAUAAUGAAUAUCCAGACAAAAACGAUGAAAGCGUCUUCGUGCCCGGACAUAUACAACAAUUCUACAUUUACAGUCAAUAGUGAACCCGAUUCCGUAAGUGUUUCUAUAGAUCCCGGCCGUUUUUCUUUACGUCCAUAUAUAUUAUUUUAGAUUCCGACGACGAUGACCUAUGAAUAUGAUAAAAACAAAAAACUUUUUUUUAAAAAAAUGGAGUUUUACGCACUUAUACUUAAGCUGUACGCGCAAAACUAAAAUACCGAAUACCUACCCAAUACGCGUCCAUCAUCGUAAUAUAUCAUUUUUACAGAUAUCCCUGAAAAGAGAUAGUUUUGUCAAAGUAAUCAAUCAAUUAUCGAUUAAGCGCGUGAAUACGGUACGUCGGGUUAGGCGGAAAAGAUCGUAUUUCCAUCCGAAAGAGAUAAAAAAGGUAAGGAUUAUUAGGACGGUCGUCUAGUGAUGAUGAUUAUGAUGUUACGGUGACUCGUGGAUGUUCCUAACGGAUGCAUUUGGCAUGACAUGAUAUUAUAUGCGAAUGAAAAAUUGCGAAAAGGAUACACGAUUACUACUUGUAAUUUCAACAGUUCACAUUUCAUUAAAAAAAAAAAAAAAAACAAACAUAGAGAAAAUGAAACGUUAAGAUGCCACUCCCACGUAAACUGUCUCAAUCUGACAAACGGGUGACAAAAUGAAAUUACGUGAGUUCUAAUUAAAAUCAUGACGUUAAAGUUGAAAUUAUAGUUUAAAAGCAUGUAACAAUAAAUUUGAAGAAGACAAUUUUCUUAGGCAUAGUAGAUACGUUGUUGUGGCAGUCUAAAAUAUUGGCAAACAGACAUGUUGCAAUUAUUAAAAAAAUGUACACACAGAAUGGUUUAAAAAUUAUACUUAGUCUAGAAAAGGCUAGUACACGUAUUCUGUGAAAAUUGCAGGUCUGAGAUAAUUUUUAAUCAAAUUAUAACAAAAAACAAAAUCGAAAAUAAUGAAAUUGUUACUGCUGUAAAUUAGCAGGAUUUUCUUACAUUUUUUCUUAGGUUUUCCACAUAUUAAGAAAAUUGCACGGAAUAUUAAAAAAGUAAUGUUUUCAAUACACCAACUAAAUCAAAAAUGUUAUAAAAAAGCUAUUUUUUCGAUUUUUGACCUAUAAUUUUGUUACCGGUUUUUCCGAAUUAUUUUUAAAAUCCCUAGGAAAAUUAAAAAGUGGCUUAAAUGAUGUUACACUUGAUACAUUGGAGCAAGUAUUCUUUUCGAAAAGUUGUUUACAGACAGAAAAAAAAAGUUCCGCUUUGAAUCCAAAAUAUUAUAGUAAAAUUAAUGCAUUCUCAUUGCGCUCAAAAUCUUAAACAAAAACUAACAUGGCUGUAUCUUUUUUUCGUUUCGACAGUAUAUUAUUUGCGUAUCAAUGCCUUCGAAAAUUGUCUCCACAUUACAUUUUGUGGACUGCGUUUAAAUUCUAGUUUCAACCAAAACACCGAAAUUUAUGGUAUAUGCAUAACCGCAAUAAUUUUAAAAUGUGUACCCGUAAAUUAAACUAUAAAGACAGUGGAUGUGGCAGAUGUGUGAUAUCCUCUUAAGAGGACAUGAUACCCGUAUGUGCUGUUCUUACAAACCCAAGAUUUAACGAACUUUCGUUCAACUCCGGACAAUCGUGUACAGGUAGAUUUAAUACUAAAAUUAAUUUCCCUGGUUCCAGGUUUAAAGGUAAGAAAAUACUACCUGCAUGGUUUAUCGAUAUUUUAAUUUUUAAACGUGAUAUAAAAAUGUAAAAUAUCGAAAAAACUACGGACAAAUAUCAUCGAUAAUUUUCUUAGGUACCAUUAUGUUGAUAAUAUCAAAUCAUUCUAAUAUUAACGAUAACUUCAUAAAAUUAUCCCGGCUGAACGUAAUUUUUCUAGAUCUGCAAGACGGGAACAGCACCUGCGGCAUCCUAUUAAAUCAAAAAUGAUUAAAAUAAAACAUCAUUUAUUGGGUUAAUAACAUCGAAAUUAGUGAUAGUAUUACUGACUAUAACUAAAGCGGUUUAAUAAUUUUUGACGACUGCAUGGCUAAAUUAUUGUAACGAAUAUAAUUUUUUCGGGGAACAGUUCAUGAAAUGUUAUAAUUAUAAUUAUUAUUAAUUGUUUUUGUCAGUUUUAAUACGAUUUCUUCCAUCGGGUUAUUUUAUAGUUUAACUUUUUCUCAAGGAUACUUAUACUUUUUUACACUUAAAUAAGUUUUUUUUUUAAACUACCAUCGGGUUUAUCGAACUAUUAACCUAUACCGGCUAAGUGCCUAAAACGCCUAAAAUAAACAAUGGGAACAUACCAUACAAGGUUAAGAGGUGAAAAUAUGCAUGUCCAACUGGAAUUUAAUAAUUGUGACGCAUAAUUCGGUAAUAUUAUAUGUUACGAUUAUUUAAAUGCUAUGCAUGCAACAAUAAAAACUAAUCUAAUGGAAACAAUUUCGUCCAAUUCUGGCUAAAAAUCUCGUCCAAGAAGUAGACAUUGUAUAAUAUCUGUGCGAGCUGUGGAAAACGAGGUAGCUCAAAAUAUUGAGCGUUUAUAGACCGUUUAAUUGAAAAUUGAAAACAAAAAAAAAAAAACAAUAAACGAUACGAUUGUGUAUAGGUAAUAUCACUUUUGGGACGUCGGAAAAAAAGGAUAAAGCGGUAGCGGACGUGAUCGGACUUUUACACUGCGUUUAUAUUCGGACCGAUGUUAACUCGUGGAUACAACACGGAAUAGGUAACAGCCGGACGUGACGAGUUUAUCAAUAAUACGCACAUGUCCCUCCGUUCCGCGGCUCCGGAAAUCCUUAUGAUUUUGGAUUCGUUCAUUUCGUGUCCGGUCCGAUAAUUUUAACGUCGAAAGACACUGAAUUAGUAAUAAGUAAUUUAAAAGGAUUUCUGACCGAUCCCGAAAUGAUUUUUACUGUCGAAACUUUAACGAAGUUUAAAUAUUAGUGUGAACUCGUGUGUUAUUCAGAAAGCGAAUUCUGUGAUUCCAAAUUAUCAACAACAAUAUCUGUGUUUGUGGCAAAUUGUAGAAAAUCGGGCGUUGCGAUACUAUUUCGCGGGCAAAGUGAAAAAAAGUUUACGGUGUGUAGGUGCAGUGUUCAAAUCUAUUCGGAUAGAGUAGAUAAAUUAUUUAAAAUUAAAUAAGAAAAUGUGAAUAACGCGUCCACCUGUUUUAAACAAACGUAAAAAUAAACAUGGAUACCGCUGAUAGAUGUGCACCAUCGUUUUAGUAAAGAAGUUGGAAGGGAAGAUGUAUAUUAGAGUAAUUAUAUUUAUAUCUGUACGCCGCAAUAAACUGUUGCUAACAGACAACGGUUCUGAGCAGAGUAUUAUCAAUCAUAUUUUUCCCUCGUUUCCGAGAUAACCAGAAAUCGAACGAAAAAUUGACAUCUCAAAAGUACCAACUACAUAAACAAAAAUACUACAAGGAAGUGUCUAUAAAGGUGUCUUGAUUUAAACAAAAUCUCUGGUAGCAAAGUAAUUUACAGACACACAAAGCAAAAAACCAAGGCAUUGUAAAACUACUUGCUUGAUGGUUUGAUUCACUCGGAAUCUAAUAAUACUACAGUAUUCUUACAAAUAAUACGAAUUAUACGAGACAACUCGCUUACUAAAUAUGUAUUAAAUAUCAAUCGUUUAUUCUUUUUUGAGAUUGACUGUUCGUCGAAUUGUUAUUGUCGAAGCGUUCGCCCGCGUUAUAAUUACGGCGAGAAAUAUCAGUUUUCAAAUCGUUUCGAUACCAUUCACCGGGUCCGCGUAAAUCCGGUACGUGUAAUGUGCCACGCCCGGUCGGUGCGGCGGAAAAGCGGGAAAAGUCGCGCGUAGUAUAUUAAAACGAUCAUUGUUUUAGAUAUUUUGCGAAAACCGCCGCAGCCGCGUGAUCGUAAUCCGGCCCGUUGACGAUUUGACACGGUAAUGCAUUACGGUCGUCUACCGUGGUGCCGUGUACGCGAAUAGAACGCCCCGGAAAACCGAACGGGGACACCGAUUCCGUAAUUUUCGCACCGUCUGUUUCGCGGUUUUCAACGCGAUUUCUAUCUAUCUUUUUAUUUUUUUUUUUUUUUCUCCUCUGUCGCCGUUUUACACGAAAACCGGUUGGAAAUCGCCGCGCUACGACGAACUAGCGCGUGCGCCCGCGGAUACACAAACAUACACGCGCGUGCGUACGUGCGAUGCGAACGUCCGCAGCGCAGAGAGAGAGAGAGAGCGAGAGAGAGAGAGAGUGAGAGAGAGUGAGAGGGUCCAACCCGUCCACUGGAAAUAUGUUUGGCCUUGUCGCGCGGACGUUUUAUAUAGAGAUUAAUGUGUUUCGCCGCGCGGGCUACGGACGCACGCGUUCACGCCCGCCGCGGGGUCCGCCGGCGGUUUUGUUCGGGCGACGCGCCGUUUGCGCGCGGUGAACGCCGACGCGCGGCGGAGUCGCGCACCCCGAUCGUCCGCCGGGCCGCGGCCCGGCGGCUCGGAAACGCGCGAUGUUUGGUGCGGAACGGUUUUCGCGGGCCGAUCCGCGGGUCGUCCGAUCGCGGCCCGCCGCGACGCGUCGUUUAUUAUCGUCGUCGUCGUCGUUACUGUUAUUGCUGUUGUCGUCAUGACGUUCUCCCGCGCUAACCCGACGGACUCGACGGCCCGGGCGGUGUGGUUUGCGCGACCCGGUCAGGCCGCGCGGUUUUUCACCGCCGGCACUGCGGGUCUCUCGGGUCCACGCGUCGUAAACCGCAAUUAGCGCACGACAAAUUCGCCGGCACAGCGUCGGACUCGAACCGGCCACCUCCGAUGUGGGUUCGGUUCGCGCCGCAUAGGCCCGUAGUGAAACCCCCGAAGCCGACUCCGGCUCGGGCCCGAACUCGGCCGAGGUGUAAACACGGUUCCCGGCCGAUAAAAAAAAAAAAAUAAGUGACGCGGGCACGCGUACAGCGCGUAAAUGUCGCGGCGACGGGGGGAUUUCCGUGCGAGACGGCCGGGAAUGUGUCGAUUUUCAACGUUUUCAUAAUUUCGACUGUCGCGCGCUGUAACAAGACCAAUCGAUCGUCAUUUUAGCGCCAGAACGGUUCUGUAAUUAUUUCGAUACGGCCUUGCGAAACGGUAUUGUUUUGCCUGUCUAAAGCGUUUCAGCUAUCCAAACUAAAUUGUUGAACAACGGUAUUAUGAUUUUUCGGAAAAACGGAAAAACGGGAUCACGCACAUACCGCACUCUCCGUGUUUGGCGCGUUUAUAUCCCGGCAGUUUAUAGAACACGACAAUGUUUUCAACGAGUAUUAUGUGUCCGCGCUUGUGAAGCACAUUUCGAAACACAGAAAAUUUGACACACUCCCGACUAACGAAUAUCAGUGAAUAUAUUGAUUUUUUUUUUUUUUGUCGGAUCCAAAUUAAAAUACCGUUGACGUGUUUUUUUUUUUUUUUUUCUAUGAUGGAUAAUUAAAAACGAAAAACGAUUGCCGUCUCCGUCUUACAAACGUUUUCGACAUACCAAAUUUGCGUUCAACAGGGACAAAUGUGUGCUCUCAGUUUUAAUUUUAAAGUGAAUUGAGAUGUUUUCAAACGAUAACAACAUUAUCUGUGUGUUAUUUUUUCCGAUAUUUUGAUUUACAGUGUGUACAUUUACCAUCUCGUUAGAUAAAUGCGUGUACUCGCAUUUCUCGUGAAAACGUGCAAGAUGGAGAAAUCGCACGUGCUGUUAUCACGUCCUCUUAAAGAGAACAUUAUUCGAUAAUAUGAUGAUGUUUCUAUUUAUAAAUUUUUUUUUCUAGCUGAUACGAUUAGUUCGGAAUGCGUACACAAUACACAGUUAGUACCUACUGCAGUGUAUUUCGAUGAUUUUCGGGGACUGGCUGAUUUUGUAACUAUAUAUGAUUUUAUAAUCCGUUUAACUCGACCGAGAAACAAUUUCGUCUGUAGUGUCCGUGGUUUCGGUUUAUAUUAGUUAUACGAUUAUACUCAUGUUGGUAUUAACGAAACGAAUUUGACGUCAUAAAUUUUCUCGUAAACUGUCCGUUUUCCACCACACAUGGUGUCGAAAAAAUUUAUACACGCCUAGUUUUAUUCGACCAAUAUAAUACGGAGGGACAUUAUUGUUUUUAUUUUUAGAAUAAAUCUACAGCAAACGAGAGUUACCUUGCUUUGGUAUACUGAUGCGUAAAAAAAACCCUACUCCAGUCGAAUUUUUCAAUUUCUAACCCUUGAGAAUAUGAUGAUGCGCACCUAAGAAGUGUAAUCAGCGAAGAUGGACGAAAUAAGAGCGAAAUAAUAAAACAUGUUUGUCAAGCCAAAAUAGCUUUUAACAGCGAGAAAACCCUAUUUGCUUCAAAUAAUAUCGGCCUUAAAAUAAGAUAAAAUCUAUAGAAGACAUGUGUCGAGGUUCCGUGUGAUUUUAUUUACGAUCGAGAAAGACAAACAACCCCUUACAUUUUAUAACGUUGUGUGCAGAACACGGCUGUAGAAACGUGCCUAUCGACAAUGUAAAACGCUGUAAUAUUAGUUAUUAACGGGAAAUUUUUUUUUUCCACGGACGAAGUGUUUUCGUCUUUCAUAAACAUUUUAAAAUUCGAUAACGCGGUGCCCUUCGCGGUCGCCCGGCGGUCCAAUUAAAUAUCCGUAGCUGCGAAUCCGCGCGAAACCGUGGAGAUUACCGGGGCCUUUAUUCUGAACGCGGGCGCCGUCCAAAUAAUUACAAAUAAUUAACGUACGUACGGGUCGGACGUCGCGAAGGCGACUCGUUAUUAUUACGGGCCGCGUGGCGACGCCGUGCCUAUAAUGUCGUAGCGUGCGCGCGAAAAUGAAAAGAGGAAGGUAAGAAUCGCGUUCAAUAAAAGAAUAAUUUUCUCCGCCGUCGUCGUAGUUGCGCCGACCGCAAACACAUUGCGAAAUCACGAAUCGGACGAGCGCGCUCGGCCCUCUUUUUCCGUACGGCCGCUCGUCAAUAUAACGAUUUAUGUACACCGGACUGCGCGAACAACGACACGCGCACGCACGUUUAUAUUAUAAGUACGUUUAUUAUUAUUAUUGUUAUUGUUAUUAUUAUUAUUAAUAAUAUCGUAUUAAAUCGCCAUUAUCCGCCCGGCGAAUUCAAUCUCUAUACAAACGCGUCAUUGCGGAUGUCCAGUCCGCGAAAUUCGUUCGGUCCGUGAAUAUAUAAACGCAAUAUUAUUAAUAUGAAUGCGAAAUACACGACUACGACGAUAGAUAUUGUAAAGUCUGUGUAAUUGACGGAGACCUUGGUGCAACGGCCGCAGAACGGUCUGCAAAAAUAAUGACGGGUCUUUUUGAAUUGCUCCCGAACAAUCGUUUAAAAAAUGUGGAGUUGUCCUGGUUGUCACCCAAGGUCUAGACAUUUUUAUUCGUAGAGAGGAUUCAUUGAUUUAUGAGCGUUAUUCAUCAAACAAAAUAACGAACCACUAUAAGAACAACCUUCGUAUGGGUGCAGCCUCAAAUAAAAAGGUCAUUAUGCGAGAAGAUCAGAAAAAUACGAAUAGAUCGCGCAGAAAAAGAUCGAGAGCGUUGGGCGUAGUCAAUUAGAAGAAAAUAGUACAAGAUCUAUAGCUUGUGUCGUUCCUUGACGUGAUAUCGCAGUGGCGGACAAAAAUAUUUCGGAGAGCGGUUGCACCUUUAGAAGAAUAUGAUUAACAGUAAUAGAAAAUAAUAUAAAUAUUGAAAUUCUUUAAGGCUUAUAUAAUAACACAAAAAAAAUAUCCAGGAAGUGAGUCAAAUAAUGCUCGGCAGAUUUAAACAUCGAAAAAUGGUCGACUCCCAUACAGCUCCCAUCCAUUGUUUGUUUUUUUCCCAGACGGCUACUGUCGAAAAAGCUUGCGAUUCCCAAACGGCUCCGGUAUACGGUACUACGCGUAUACUUCUCGUAACAAUUUCUUGUAUUUCUGUACUCGAAACGUACAGAUGCGACGCAGAAAACAUUCGUGUCAUGUCUUACUUUUUACGAUAGUAAAUUCUAUUGAAUCUAUUCAAAUUAUUAGAGUUUGGAUUUUACGUUUCAAACAUUAAAUGCCUACAUGGAUUGGUUUUAAACGAAUAUUAUCAAUUUAAUUUAUAAAAUUUAACCAGAUAUGCGAUUUGAAUACGAUACACAAUCGGCCGUUGUGUGCGUUUACUGUUUAUUACAUAUAUUAAUAACAUUUUAAAUCCAAGAUGUCAAGUGAAAUGUGUAAUAAAGAAAAGAUGAUAGACAAUUUUUCGUCUUUAAUUAAUUGACCUAAUUUUGUAUGAAGCGGAGUGUUGUAAAAAACCGGAGCCGUUUGGGAAUUCACUUUUUUGUAAAACGAGAGCCGAAUGGACUACAUCCCGAAAAGUGAAACAUUGCGAGUUUAAAGAAAAUCUUGUAUAAAAAAAAAAAAGCAAACAAACGAUAGUGUUAUGUUUAAAUAUUUUAAUGUUAACUCAUCACGGAGCGGACGAAUUCGUAAAAGGUCGAUUACAAUACAUCAUAAUUAUAUAAGCGUAUUAUUUUAUGGAUGCGGGUGAAACUAUAGUAAUACCGUAGGUACCUACCUCGAUUAUAGUGCUAAAACAAUACUUUGUUAUCGUUAUUGUUAUUUCUUUAUCGAAAACCUAUACACGCUACCAGAGAGGAAACGGCUUUUGUAUCGUAAUUAAAAAAAUAAAAAAAAAAAACGCUGCGAACCGACUAGGACAAUGGACGUUCAGUUCCUAUAUGCAUUAUGUUCUUGUUAAUAUAAUAUUAUCAAAACAAUUCCGUUCCCCCUCCGCGAUAAAUAGGUUAUGCGUUUCCGUCUGCAUACAUUUACAAUUAUUUUAUAUUUUUAUUAUUAUAGGCGUUGAUCACGCCUAUAUAUAUUAUGUGUAGAAUAUGCUGCUGGGGACAUAUUUUCGAUAAUUUUUUGGGUUCGUCAAGUAUAUUGAAUAAACAACAUAAUUAUUUCGACCUCAUCACGUAGAUUUCGGCCAAUAACAAUGCGAAAAAUAGAGGCGGAAGCAUAUCCCAAAACUGCAUUUUACUGCACGAAUAAUACUCGUGCAAUACAACUGAAUGGGGAAAUCAUCAGUUCUCCAAUCUAAUUGGGUCAUAUAACUCACACAUUUGGACUUUCAGGAGAAAACAAAUGAAACUAGAACAGUUGCUGCAUAAUAUGGAUAGUAUAUAUAAUUGAUACUCUGAAUUAGGUAGUAAAACAAUUUAGAAUCCAUUAUAUAAACCAAAAAAAAAAAAAAUGUUCAAUAAUAUCUCAAAUAAUAAUUGCUAUUAUGCAAAGAAUGUUGAUAUGGAAUAAGAUCAAUAGUAAAUUCCUUCCGAAGUUAUUUAAUAUACGACACAUUGAUACAAUUUUAAACUAUUUUUUUCACAAUUAUUAUUAUUCUGUACAUACCUGCAUUUAUUUUUUUUUUUUAGUUGCAAAACUAUAUAAAUUAUUCUAUCAAUAAUUUAAAUUACUAAAUAUAACGUUAUGUAUAAAAUAUAUAUAUUUUUAAAUUAGAUUCUAUUCCGCGAGAAAACUCUCCAUUUCUCCCUCCUCGGUGACCUUACCUAAGCAUCUAUAUGACUAUAUCAAUUUAAAAUGUAUAUCAGUAAUAUAUAUAUAAUUAUUUAAACACAUAUUUCAUAUGCAUAAGAACACAUUUAUUUACGAAACAUUGGAAUUUCGAGCUGCAUACUUUACAUUUUUUACUGCUUACUUUACACUUUGUAAAACCAUUUUAUUCCCUGCCCCUCAAUAAACGGGUGUAGACAGUGGUAUAGAGUUAAUAUUUAAAAAAAAGCUGUUCUAAGAUAAUGGGGACGGGUGCAGCCACUGUUGUAGGUGAAAAGUUGGGAAGGUAGGAUACAGAAGAGAAUUUAAUGUGUAUCUGUAAGCUACUACAAACCAUUGCCAAUGAAAAAAAAUGAGCGGGGUUCAGUUAAUAGUGUUGCUUUGUCAACAAUAUAAUAUAUGUAAUAUUAUGGUAAAAUGAUUACAACAAUGUGCGUUUCCAUAAUAACAAUAAUUGUUUAAAAAGGAUUUUCAUUAAUAAUAUUUGUUUAAUGUUGUACUGAUAUUCCCGGUUUUCCCAUGUUUUUUUCGGUUUUUCACAUUUAAUGAAAAAACUCUUGAGGAAAUUGAAAAAUGAUCUCUAUAAAGUACCACACUGAGAAAAUUUUCUUUCAGAAAAGGGUUUACAUCGUAUACAUCGGAGUAAAUUUUCUGAUAGAAAAAGUGUUCACAUAAAAAAAAAUAAUAAACUUUGUAUAACCAAUACAUUUUUCACUCCACUCAGAGUCUAAAAAAGUAUAUAUUCCAAUACAAAUUUAUAUAUUUAAGUAUAUUAUAUCUAUUGUAGAUCAUAAUAGUCAUAAUAACAUCUAUUUUGACAUAAUAAUAAUAUUAAUUAAUUAAGAUUAAUACAAAAUUAUUAAUUUACCGUGUUUUAAAAGAACAUGACACCCCUUUCGAAUACCAUAAAUCACGAUUAUUAUUUACUAAAUCACCUCCAUUUGAUGAUUCCCAGGCACGACAGUUUUUUCGACGACGAAGUUACUCACAUAUUAUAUGUUUUUGCUUUUGGCUCAUGAAAUCGCCGAUAUUGGAUUAAAAAAAGAUGAUUUCUCUCGUUAUUUUUAAAACAAUAUUGUUAUGUUAAACCUAUUGCGUCGUUUAAAGUUGUUUGUCGGUAUUAAAAUUAAACAAGCAGACCGUCGAUAAUCUAAUGAUAAAUACCUGUACGUAUGUAUUAUAUAAUAUUCGAAUGCAUUAACAAUAUAAAAAAUCGAAACUAUACGAUGCAACGUGGUAUCAUUUUUAUUUUUUACUCAUCAAGUGGAUGAACGCGAAAUUUAUAUUUAUACCUACAUCAUCGUCAUCGUUCAUUAUAUCCGGCUGUAAUAUCGUCGUUUAUAAUUAUUAUAGCACUUGACAGUUUCCGUUUUGAACUUUAAAGUCAUCUCGUGUUGGUAAUAUUUUAAUGCUUCCACUGUUAAUUACUAACGAUUUUCCGGUUUUUUCUUUGCUAAUAUAACACUCAUUUAUAGUCAAUUAUUAAAACGGAAACUCUACAGUGCGGUUAAAUACUUACAGAAUAUAACAGUGGAUUUCUAAAGAUGAUUAUUCGAAUAAUCUAUAGGCUGUUCCAUUUAAGUAUGCACACUUAUUAACUCAGAAAGUUUUAACUAUUUUCGAAAUUAAUUUUAUUGAACAUUUAAGAAACUAGCAGUUCUACGAUUUUACAAUCGUGUUGUUUUUUGUUACCCUUAUUUUCGGAGUUAAAACUACUACCCACUUUAAAAUAGAUUUUAGCGUUCAAAUUUUUGAUUUCCAUUAAUCCGCUGACGAGACAUUCGAUUUUAAAUUCCGAGCGUAUUUUAGUAUAGGUCUGGGAGAAUAUAUUAUUAAAACGUCACAUGUCGUGCUGCCAAACCACUCUUACAAAUAUCUACAUAUUUAUCUUUAAAAUCAAUAUUACCGUCGAGUUUGUUGAUUUUCCUCUCGCGUCCUACUCUUAUUUUAUUACUAACCAUACAUGCGUGAAUACACAAAUAUUUUAUACAUUUGUGUCAACGCCUACAUAAAUAUUUAACUUUGUGAUUGCCGAGAUAUUAUGCGUAAACUUACGGUUAUAUAAUAUAUUAUUUAAACAAAAUAAUAGGUAUGGGCGUAAAUUACUAUCCAAAAUAAAUGGAAACAUAAGAAUAUAUAUAUAUAUAAUACUCAUUAGACCCAUGGCGUUGCCCAAACUUUGUUUAGAUUUUUCGUCAUAUUCAGAAUCUAAAAUAAAUGAUUUUUACUAUAUAAUAGUUAUGUAUGCAUUUAUUUUUAUCGAUAAAAUAAGUGUUAGAUAAUUAUAGAUAAUUAUAAUUUGUACGUUUCUGCCGGAAAAAAAAAGGCAACGAAAAAACUUCUUACUGCAUGCUUAUUUUCAAGGGAAGCUGUAAAAAUGUUGAGGAGACUAGAGGAGAUUUUAGUGGUGAGCUGUAAAGCCCCCUUAGCUCCCCGCGUACUACGCUUAAGAGUAGAUAAACAUGACCUAUAGAUUUUGGUAGAAAAACGAAUUUGUUUCUCAUCCAAAAUUUCAUUCGGCGUAGAAACUCGUGAACAGUUUUUAAAGGUGUACACAAAAUAAUACGUGUUAUAAUAACUCGUAUAGAUUAUAUUAUUAUUAAUGUUUAUAUGAAUCGGCCCACGGGUAUUAUACGUUAAGGCGGUUGAAAGCGAAUUGUUUUUUCACAUAUUUAGACCAAACCAAUGGAGUAAAUCAAAAACAUAAUUUCAGCAGUUGAAAUUUCCGUGUUGAAAAGUGAUUUGAUUUCAUACACUACAAUCAAGCGAAGCAAGUGACCUAUUGGUUUGACUAUGAUGCAAUUUUUUUUGUUUUUUAAAAUAACUUUUCAAACAAAAAUCUUGUUACAGUCGAAAAAUUACAAGAAACCUUUUUUGUUGAAUUUUGAACCAAGCAUUAAAUAGGUCAUUUUUUUGAUUUUUAAAAGGGUUUUCAAACAUUAGCGGAAUGGACCGGAAACAAAAUUAUAGGAAAAACGACAAAUAUUUCUGGAACGACAAUUUCAUUGGUUUUAAUUUUUAUGCACUAUGUUAUUUCCAGAAAUAUUGUUUUAAUUAAAAAAUACCAAGAGUCCCGUUUUAUUAAAUAUUGGAUCUAGCUGCUGAUGAAGUAAAUCAAUCUUUGAUUGUUCAAGCAUUUUUUAUAAUAAUUUGGAAUAACUAGUCUAAGACGUAAAAUGAAAAUUGACAAAUGUAUGGCGUUAAAAUUUCAUUAUUUAAAUUUUUACGCUUUGUUUUUUACCAGAAAUAUUGUUCAAAUAAAAAAACGACAAAAGACCUUUUUGUUGCAUUUUAAAUUCAAUUGGUAAGCAAGAAAGUAAUUUGUUUUGUUUUUCGGUAUAAAUUUUUUAAUUAUUUUCAAAACCGAAAAAGAAAACGUAGAAAUAACGGGGAUUUUUACGAAAACAAUGAUUUUAUUAUUUUUAAUUUAAUUAUUUUACAAUAAUUUGGUAAAAUGUAAAAAAAAAUAUAAAAUUAAUAACGCCGAAGCGCCGGGUAAAUAUUUGCCGGUUUGCCUGUAAUUUUGUUUCCGGGUUUUCCCGAUUAUUUCGAAAACCCAUUGGAAAAUUGAAAAAUUACUUCACUCGUGCACCAACUAGAUUAAAUUUUUUCACAUCAUAGUAGAACCAAUAGAUACUUCGCUCCGCUCCGAAUCUAAGAGCAGAAUGUAAUGUGUAAUCAUUCGGUUUUUAUAAAUUGUUUAAGAAUUAAGAUCAAAUUUUUAAGAAAAUCGUAAAUAUUACGACCAUACAAAUCAUAUAUAAACGAACUUCGCUUAGAACCGUUUUUUCGCUGGUAAUGGUUUAUCGUUACUUAUAGAUAUUAACUAGACGACUCUAUGUAUCCCUACUUAAUAUUAUAAUAAUAUUUUAUUGGAAAAAUAUUAAAAAAAUAAUAAUAAUAAAUAAACUCAUUGUGUACUUUAACUAAUUUAACUAAAUAUAAAACCGAAGGAAUUUGUUAACAAAACAUAGAAAAAAUCAAAUAAUUCAAAUUAUGUUUUAAUUAUGGAAAUUGAACAGUGGUAAUGAGCGGAUUUCACUCCAACUAAUGGGUCUAAAUAAUAUUCGUCCAUAAAACGGCCGUUCGCCUACCUCUUAAAUGUGUACCGGGCAGUAGAUAAGUGGAAAAGUCUUGUCGUAUAAAGGUGGACAUUAAAACAUUAAUAUGUAUUUACAAAUUGUAUAGAAUCGGAGAACAUUUGGAAACCCGUUUCCAACCAUAUUAAUAAUGAUAAUAGGACGAGUCGAAAAAAAAAAAGGUGUCCAAUGUGAUAAUACUACAGAGCUGAUGAUGAUCGUGUUACGUAGCCGGACGAAAUACUUUCGCGGAUAAUAUAAAUGGCGGCAGCGGCGGCUUUGGGUCAUACGGCUUAAUAAAUGGGAGAUACGUUAUAGUUCCGCCAAAGAAUUUCGAUUAUUUCACCGCAUUUUCGCAGCCUCGCGAUCGAUCCGCACGAUGGCGGUGGCAGCGGCGGCGGUUAAUGGCGCACUAUGUGCGUGUAUACCUAUAGUUUCGGUAUGUUGAGUCGGGUCAAAAGCUAACGCGGUUCGAUCGAUAGCGUUCGCGCAACCGCUCUGACUCGGUUCUCUCCGAGCAGGUUAAAAUUCGUACUCGAAGAUCGGGAAGAGACGGUGGCGGUGCGGCGGAAACGGCGGCGGCGGCGGGGGCAGCAGACCGAUAGUGCGGGGGAGGAGUCGCAGAGUGGUGCAGACGAUGGGGAAAGAGAUUAUAGUGUGUACGCGGUACGGUGGCGGUCGGUGGCGGGGGCGGGGGACUUAACGGUAGGAAAAAAAAUACUCAACAAUGGCCUCGUUAUGUCUUGAACGUCAUGUACAUAGCAUAUAGUUGUAUAGAUGUGAUAGUAAUGAUAUUAUAUGUAUAUGUAAAAUGUCCACAACGUAUAAGUUUGUGGGCGCAUUUUUUCGAAAUUUUUUUUUUUAAAAAGCGGUAAAAUGUCCAUGACUUGUACGCGAGCGUAUGAUGUAGAAGUAGGUAUCUAUGAGAUAUUAAUUUGUUUUGUUUUAUUUUUUAUUUUUUUUGUAUUUACUGUAAACAUAUUAAAACCAAGAGCUCCGCCCGAAAAAAAAAUGUCAAUAUAGCACAAUUUGUUUGUCACCAUACGAAAAAACUUGUCACUACUUAUUUGUUUAAAUUUUUGAACUUUUUAUUGAUCUAAUACGACUUAAUGGACUAUUAUAGAUAUCGACAAUUUUAGAAAGCUAAUAUUAUAACUUAUGACCAAUCGAAAUAUUACUUUGAAAUAAUAUUUAUAACAAUACUUAUAAGACACGAACGGCGCUUAAUGCGGAAUUGCAUGUAAAGUCCGAUAAAAACUGCAAGUUUAAUUGUUGGAAGCCAACCGUGGCGGGGCAUAGGUCGCAUGACGUAUGUCCGAUGCACAUGAAAAAUUAUUGAAAAAUAAAUUAUAUUGUACUGCAUUUAUAAACAUGCACGAAUAAGAAAUAUGAACUUCACGUCAGGGUCGGUACUGCAACGUUUGGAUAUUGUAAAAAGAUAAAUAAAAGACUAUCAAAAACGAAAAUUAGUUUUUAAUGAUGCGUUUUUAAUUUUUGUAUAACGUUGUUAUUUUUUUCUUUUACGCAUUUAUUUUUACGGUUUAUCCAAACACAUCUCUACUGUUUAUUUUAUAAGACAGUAUUUUCAAAAUCCUUAUUCCAUUAACAGCCUAAUAUACAUUUAUAAUAUACAUACAAUUUAUCCCCAUAAAUAUUGUAUGCAAUUCUAAAAUAAUAUUAUUAUACAUUCCAAUAAGCGCAUGUCUCUUUUACGAUUCUAGACCUUGGGUCAAGAUAGACCAAACUGAUAUUUUGUGAAAAUUUAUUAUAUGGCUUAUUAUAAAAAACAAUUUGAUUUUUAUAUUCUUGUGCUAGAGAGCAUAAGUUCUUAACCGAUGAUCCAUGAAUCCCUUAGGAGUUUUUGGGUGACAUGACUCGGGUGUCCACGAGCUAUUUUUUUUUUAAAUAAUCUGAGAAUGAUUUCGUUUGAAAUUAAUUCAAAUUAUUCAUUGAAUCGAGAUCAUUAGUUGAAGUAGAAACUGUGAAUUUAUAAUGUAAGAAAUAUAAAGAAAUGGAAGCUGAACACGAUCUAUUUUACGGUACCCGGUGAAUUGAUGGCGAACAAUUGGUCGCCGGUUAAAAUGAUCGCCAAAAAAAAAAAAUAAAUAAAUAAAUAAUGUAGGUAUUGAUUUACAUAGACUUCUCUGGUUUACAUUACGCAAUUAUUAAACAAAAUAAUAAUAAUAAAUUUAAUAAAUUUAAUAAUUUAUUGAUGUUUAGCUUAUUUAUCCGUUAAAUUAUUUAAAAAAAACUUGAUAAACUAUUCGACUUUUACACAAGUUAUAUUAAUAAACAAUUUUAAUAAAGUAUUAGGAAAUCAAUAAAAUGUUUAACAACAAAUUAUUUAAUUUUAUUAGUUAUAAUAAAUUACUACUACGUUAUUGUAGUAUUAGUAUAUUAGUAUAAACCGGAGAAAAAUUUAUAUAAAGUAUUAUUUUUUUCGGCGAUCAAUUUAAUCGGUGACCAAUUUGCACCCGCGAUCAAUUGUUCGUGACCAGUUCACCGGCGAUCAAUUGUCCACGACCAAUUGUGCACGAUCAAUUGUUCACAAUCAAUUUACCGAGAUCCGUAUUUUACUCCACAAAAGUGCGUUGGCUUUCCAUAGGACAAAUUAUGAUAUGUUUUAUAAAAUUAAAGAAAAAGUUUCUUAGUUUUUUAAUUAGAAAACCAAAAUAUCACUCUCAAAAUACUUUUUUAAUGAGUUCAUUCAUUUCAUAUGUUUAACACGUAUUUAGUUAUUUGAACAAAGUAAAUGCAUUGAUUCAAGGACGAGAAGUGACAACUAUGGAAGUACCCGAAAAAAAUUAAUACAUUUAUAAACAAAAUUUCCCUGUGGAAGAGAAUAUUUUAAUCUGAAAAUUUAGCACACUUUCAAACACGACAUUUUAAAAAAAUAAUAUUGCUUUUUCCAUUUCCAUAUAAUAUUUUUAAACAUCUUGACGUACGUACAAAUUCGUUUGGUGAUAAUUUCGAUUCUACACGUAAUCAAAAGUGGAAAUAUGGUUACCUACAUAUAGCAAUCUUUUUCUUGGGGACAUAAAUAUUAUUAACGAUUCAAACAUCGUCAAAAACGAAUUAAUUGAUUUAAGAUCAAAAGAAAUAGCACAUCACGAUUUUCAAAUAAAAAAGAUAAUCGAAUUUCGGUAUAUAUUGACGAAAGAGUAUCCGUGAGUAGUAUACAGGGCAAUGACAUUUUUGAUUCCAUUUACCACUACACAUCUCUGCGAAACUGGAUUUUCUACAAUGAUCACUAUUAAAAUGAAAUCAAAAAAACCGAUUGAAUAAAAAAUGAUGUAUUCUUUCCUUUUUAAGAGAGGUCCGUGAUUAUACUUAAAACUCGAAAGCGGUCCAUGGCCCAGAAAAGGUUAAGAAUCUAUGUGCUAGAGAGACAGUUACAUCACUACAAUUACAAAAAAUAAAUAUACCAGUGUUGAUUACAAAAUUUUUUAUUGCCAUUUAAAAAAUGUUCUGUCUGACUAAAAUUUUUAAAGCCAUAUGGUUAUUCAAGAACUGAGUUCGGCUCUUCUUGACGCAAGGUCCGGUAUUAUGUUAGGUAUACACAUUUUAAUAAUAAUAACAAUGCUGAAAUGUAUACAGUAUAAAACUUGUAGGUACUGUUUUGCCUGUGUUUACAAUUAUAAUAUAUUUUAUAUUCAAUUAUAAAAACAAUGUUAUUGAUUUAGGAAUGGUACGCUGACAUGAAAGAAUUGUUCAAUGGAAUUUUGGACUUCAGUAUGUUUUUGGAACUUCAUUUCUUGUUACUGUCUCUGUCCACGGUACUGCUGUUCACAUGGUUCAUCGUACCGUAUUUCUAUUUGACCGACUUUGUCAUGAACCAAGGACUAAGCGAAACCGACGCAUCCACCAUUAUCAGUACAAUCGGAUUUACAAACACUGUCGGAAUGGUACGUAUAGUAUACUAGGUAACGGGGGCGGACUGGCCCACCGGAAGGCACGGAAAUUUCCCGGUGGCCCAGUGCUGGGCCAGCGGUGGCCGGUGGUCAUUGUUGCCGCCAAAAUUAAAUAAAAAAUAAUCGAUAUAAAAUUGUGUAUUAUUGUGGGCUUAAUUACAGCCUGUAUGUUGAAUCGUGUGUACAGACAUAAAUGAAAAUACAAAAUGAUAAAAUAAAAAUAGUUCUCGGCCUUUCGGUGGUUAGUUUUCGGAAUUCGGCGAGACGCAUGAAGACGCGAUACGCGAUCGUUAUCUUAUCCGUAUUCUGUGGGACUUGAUAAUAAUAUUUGUAAAUAUAAAUUUAUAUAUAAUGUCUUUCGUGUAUAUACGACAUUCGUAUAAUGUAUCGUUUGUACACUCUAUGAUAUUAAAUUAUCGACUGUGACUGUCCGACGUCCGUGACCGCACGUUUGGUCGAUUCGUGCUUAGUUGAUCGUUUAAACUUUAAAAGUCCUGUUGCGUAUUUUUAAGUAACUAAUUAUAAUGGAAAAUAUAAAAAGAAAACACAAAGGAAAUGCUGAAAAAUUAAGAGGAAAAAAAAGGAAAUUGCUUAGCGUUAAUGCAUCUAAAUGUAAAUCUUUAGAUUUUAUGUUUCAAAAUCAAUUUAAAAUAAAGGCGUUGACAAAAAUAUUGAAUCGAGUUCUAAUAACGUAACUGUGAGUACUCUAAAAUCUGAUAAAUCAAUUACGGUAUCUAAUUCUAAAAUUGAUAUAGUUUUCCCCGAAAAAAGUGAAAAUGUAUCGAUGUCAUCAACUUCCAGUAAAAAUAUCAAAAACAAUUUUCAAUCCGAAAUUCAAAACAGUCAAGAAAAAAAUUAUAAGAAUAAAUAUUGGUUUAAAAAAAACAAAUGAACUUAAAAUUUUAUUUUAAUUUCAUCUGAUUCGACCUAAAUUUGACGACCUAAACUGUAUAAAAUUAUAUAAACGAAAAGAUAGCAUUUUAAGAAACUGGUUGAGUUUUAAUAGUACGAAAAAUAAAUUUUUUUGGUCUGGUAUGUCUCGCCUCUCAUUCUGUAGAAGUCUAAAAGAUGAUAAAAAUGCUCUAUUUGCAAAACAUAGAUUAGAAAAAAAUUCUAAACACCUAUAUCAAAGAAUUAAAUAAAAACCAUUCUGAUUAUGCAGAAAGUUUUAUGUUGCAUAAAAACCGAGUAUUAAACAUUUAAUUCACGGACAAAUAACAUCACAAAGACAAAUAGAAUUAAGUAAUAGGCGAGACAUAAUGUCUCGUCUAUUAUUGAAACUAUAAAAUUAAUUGGAAAACGAGGUCUUUCUUACCGUGGAACGGGUUAUUCUGUAGCUUCUUGCAAUUUAUUUAACGAGACUAUUGAUCACGGUAAUUUUUUAGAACUUUUGAUUUUUUUCAAGUAAAUUUGAUCCAUUAUUAAAAAAUCAUUUGAAAGAAUCGUGUAAAAAAAAUGAAGAACAUAGAAGACCUCGGGUUUUGGUUAGUUAAUAAAAGAAGAGGUAAUUUGGAAACAUUUAUAUCUAAAUCAACGAUCAAUAAUAUUAUACAAAUUAUUUCAAAACUGAUUAAAAAUAAAAUUAGUUUGAAAAUAUUGGAAACGGAAAAAUUUGUUAUUUAAGUUAUAAAUAUGUAUAAAAGUGUUAUUUUUUUAUACAGGUACCUUUUUGAAUGUAGAUGUAUAUAAAUGUGGCCACUCUAGUUCUAAAUCCCGAUAACAUUUUUAGUCCCAGUCCGCCCCUGCUAGAUAAUAAUAAUAAUAGAAUUACAUUGCUAAACAUAUACAACGGUUAUUAGUACUCAAAAUUUUUAGUAAAAUUAAUCGUUAAAAAAGCGUUUUUAAUUAUUGCCAAACAAAACAAAAUAAAAAUGAGAUGAUACUGAUGGGUGUGCCAUUGUUGUAAGCAGGAAGUUGGGAAAGUAGGAUACAUAAAAGUUAUUUAGUUUAUAUCUGUAAGCGACGAUACAUACAAAAGUGUGGUGAGACCGACAAAGUUGCAUGGUUUACAGCGGGGGUCGGCAACCUUUUUAACCAUGCGGGCCAUAUUUAUUUCAACUUUUCGUCGAGGGCCACAUUAAUAAAAAAAACAAAUUUUACACAUAAUACAAUACUAAUAAUUUUAUCACUAUUAAAUUUUGUUAUUGUAUAUGGAAAUAUGAAUAUAAAAAAUAUAAAUUUCUGCGUAGAAAAAAAAUGCUUUUAGAAAAAAAAAAAUGUAAAAUUAUAUAUUAAUGUAAUUUCUGUACCUGCAAUUUACUAGUUAAUUUUUCGAUGUCAGCUUGUAAACUUGUCAUUGAGACUCGUAAUACAGCGUGCGUAUAUUCAUCACUAAGGCAUGAAGGUGUUUAUUUUUUCUAUACUUCACAGUAGAAUAUGUCUUGAUUUUGCUUGAUUUUUUUUCCAGUUUUGCCCAAUUAUUAACAAAAAUAUACAGAUAAUAAAAAAAACGAAUUUCUUACUCACUGCAAAUAUCUAAAAUGCUUAAAAAAACAAAAGUUGUUGUUUUUUGAUUGGAAUAAGAUUCUAAUAAAACAGAAAUUCGUAAAAGUUUAAAGUAAUGAAAUCAUAACGCCGUAAAUUUGUUAAAAUGCAACAAAAAAUGUCUCUUAGCCUUGAAAUCUAAAAUCAAUACAUAUUCACUCUGUUCAGAAUCUAAAACAUUUUUUUCAUUUAAACUUAAAAUAUACACUGACAAAAAAAAAGAAUUAUAAUAUUUAGAUUAAAAAACAAAUUUACAACUAGGUUUAUAUUUAGUUUAGGUGCUAGAUUUAUACAUGUUUACAUUAUGGCCUUUCUACGUUAACUGAUUAAGUUAUUGAUACAUAUUUUCUAUAAACAAUACCAAUUGAAUUAUACUGGAUUAUAUCAAUUAUUGAUUUAAUGCCAUUAUGAAUCUUACCGAUUUUUUUUAGAGCUCUCCACAUCCAUUUUUUUUUUUUUUUUUUAUGAAACACUAUAUUUGUACUUUUUUAAAAUCAAUUAAUAUGUUACCUCACCAUUACAUUCUUCUAGCUAAUGUGUAUAGUCAUUCUCAAUCUAUAAUAUUCAGUGUCAACCUGGCCACGGUCUCUAAGCCGCGAACGUGUCAGGGGCCUCCAAUCGUGUUUGUGUCCGGGGCCCCUUAAAGCCCGAGAUUUAUAAAAUAUUGUCUUUUAACUACUGUUUUUUGUGCAGAGAUUAAAUGUGCAAUAUACAUUUAUAAUAGUACUGCAGUUUAGACUAUAGUUGACUAUUACAGACUAGUAAAAUAAUAAAAUAUAAUAAUUUAAUAUUAUUAAUUAUUAUUAUAUGAGUGAUUAUAUUUAUACACCAAUUACUGAAAACUGAAAUGACGCUAAAAAAUCCCUUUUUGUAUGUAUAAAAUAUUUAUAUAAAUAUGUAUCCGCGAAAUUCAUUGUUAUAUUUUUAGAAAUAUUAUCGACCAAAAUAACCGACUUCCUACCAAAUAUUGCAUUGAUUUCCAUGACCUUUGAAUUUUUCAUCCAUGGGGUUUCUAAAAAAAAAAUGUUCUAGGGGUCUCAAUGUGCUGGGCCGACACUGAUUAUAUUAUUCUCUCCCCUGCACAUUAAUCUCAGCAAAUUUGCUUUGUUUUAAAUCGUUUUAAUAGAUAAAACAAACCUAUACAUUAUUAUUAAGUUUAUUUUUAAGACUCGAUCCGUUUCAGAUAUUGCUCGGCUGGGCCGGAGAUUACCCUUGGAUGAAUGUGACCAAAGUAUACGCAUUUUGUCUAGUGGGAUGCGGUGUUUGUUGUCUUAUCAUGCCACUUUUCAUCGACAACUGGUGGGCAUUGGUCAUCAUCGGUGCCAUAUUCGGAUUGUUCUUUGCGUCUAAUUUUUCUUUUACACCGGCUAUUUUGGUAGAACUCAUACCGUUGGAACGGUUCACUACGGCCUACGGUUUGAUAUUGCUUUGCCAAGGUAUUGGAAAUCUUCUGGGACCACCAUUGGCAGGUAAUGUAUAAUACAUCGCAUAGUCGAUAGAAUAAUAAUAUUAAUCACCACAUAUGAUAUCUGCAAACAAACACGCGCAUAUACCAUAUGGAUAAAGAGCGGGAGAGAAAGAGAAAGACGCGAUAGUGGAGAGAUAGUGUACCUUAGUAUAAUUUAUAAGAUAUAAAAACUAAAUAACAAUUAAAUUAAAAUAAAUUUAAUUAUUGAUGAAAAUUUGGUUUUGAAUACAAUUAUAAAUUAUUCCUUGUAAUUAAAAUGUUAUAAGAUUGAAUACGUUAAAUCGUUCAAUAGAUUUUUUUGGGAGUUUUACCUUUCGAAAAUGUUUAUUGUAAACUUCAUAAUGUUUGCUGUAUGCCAUUCACCAUUUUUUGCAUGAGGAUAUACCUAUUCCACUGUUGUAAGAUUCAAAAUGGCACACGUACUUACCAGUGUUAGCAUUUAAUUCGAAAAAAAUAUAUACACCAAUACAUUUUUGUUCUAAGCAUUUUAAAUUUUAAUAUAAAUAAAAUGGUCAAAUGAAAAACUUACACAAAACAAGUUUCAUCAAGAAUUUACAGUAAAAAAAUAAAAAUUCAAAACAACAAUAGAUCAGUUAUCACUUAUUAUGUAAUAAAAACACACAUUGUCCCUGUUUAUGACAAACUGAAUUCUCCUUGAAAUAUACAUACGGAUUCCAAUGCCGCUCGAAAAUGUUAUAAGGGUUACUUAUACGGAUUAUGGGUGAAAACCGAAAUUUAAUUUCUGUUUUGGGUGUAUUGGGUUAUAUGUCAUCAAAUUCAAUCGGGUGAUAUGAGAUUACGGUUUUUAUCAUACAAUCUGUUUUUUUUUUUUAGAGUUUCGGCUAUACGGGCUAAACGGGUUCAAAGUCUUGGAUAAAAUAAAAUUAGACUAUAUUCCAUAUAGGUACUAAUAAAAUAUUUAUUUCAACAUAAUUUGAGUUUAAUUUUUAUAAAAUAUAACCAAAAUGCAUUGUGAGUACUCCAUUAAAAUAUAAUUUUGACUACACGCCGAUAUUUGUCAAGCAACUAUUAAAAUUCACAUUCACAUUUUCAAAAAUAAUGUAUUUAUUAUUUUUGUUGUGUAUUUAAAUUAUUUAUGUGUUGAUAUGAAAUCCUGGUAAUAAUAAUUUUUGUUUUCUUUUGUUUUCAGGUUGGGUAUCUGAUAUAACCGGUGCAUGGGACUUAUCUUUUUACUUGGCUGGUUUUUGGAUCAUUCUAUCAGGCGUGUUCAUUGGACUCAUUCCAUAUACGAAAAAUCGAUUAUUGUGGGGAAAUGGUCAGUUGGAAAACGAAAGGGACAGCGUUAGAUCAUGA